CUUGCUGCUGUAUCUUUCUGCCACUCUCAUCCGUCACUGCUGCCUCCCGAGUCGGCCCAGGGAUGCUGCUGUCUGUUAGCCUAGUAUGGGCCAUUCGUGCUCUAGGCUCCAUUUCCUCCCUCGGUGCUUUCUGGACCAAACGAGUGAGAGUGCCAUUGUGAAGGAGAGGGAAUUGUCCCUGGAGCUCGCCAGAAUCAGGGAUGAAGUGGCUUUCAGUGUUGCACACUGGGAGCAACUGCAGCAGGAGAAGGAGGAACUGGAGCGUCGUUUUGAGGCCGAGCUGCAGGGAUUGCGGGCUCAGCAGCAGAGGGAGCUGGGAGUGCUGGAGGAGCGGCUGAAGGCGCAGCACGAGGCCGAGGCCCAGAGCCUGCAGGUCCAACAACGAGCUGAACUAGAGGAGCUACGGGCCAAACAGCAGGAGCAGAUUGAGGAGAUGAGUGAGAACCAUGAGACUUCCUUGAUGGAGAUGGAGACGGCUCACAACGACACACUGGCCACUCUACAGGAGGAGCACGCCAGGACUGUGAAGAAUCUGAAGAUGGCCCAUGAACAGCAGACCAAGUCUCUGGAAGAAGACUUUGAAAAGAUCAGACUGUCACUGCAGGAUCAGGUGGACACGCUGACCUUUCAGAAUCGUAGCCUCAGAGAUCGAGCCAAGCGCUUUGAAGAAGCUCUGCGCAAGAGCACCGACGAGCAGAUUGUGGAUGCUUUGGCACCAUAUAAACACAUUGAUGAGGACCUGAAGAGUCUGAAAGAAGUCCUGGAGAUGAAGAAUCAACAAAUUCAUCAACAGGAACUGAAGAUCGUAGAACUGGAGAAAAUACAGGCUGAAAAGAAUGUGUACCUGGAGGAGAGAGUACAAGUGUUACAGCAGCAGAAUGAGGACCUGAAGGAAAGAAUAGACAAGAACCUUGCUGUGUCCAGGCAACUCUCUGAGGAUAACGCCAACCUGCAGGUGAACGUGGAGAAGGAGAGCAACGAGAAGAAGCGGCUGAGUCGCACUAAUGAAGAACUGCUGUGGCGUCUUCAGACAGGAGAACUGAGCCCUCGCAUGUCCCCCAGCUCCUCCCCCAUCCAUCGCUCCAUCUCUGGACCAGGCUCUCCAGCCCGCCCACACUCCUACCAUCAAUGACACUCCCCCUCGGAAGCUCUUGUAUCAAACGCUUUCUUUUAUCUGGCAUCGGAAGCCCUGAUUUUUUAAAAACUCUUUGAAUGUUCGUAGGAUUUUACACUAUGUAGAUGGAUAGACACAAUUCUUGGCAGAUGCAGCUCACCAAUGUGGCGCAUUUCCAAAAAAAUCCAGGAAUUUUAAUCUCUGACCUACAGAUUUGUGUUAAAAAUCUUGCCUCUUAUUAUUCAAAAAGGGAAUCCCCUCCCCAUCUCUUUCUCUUACCCCACCACACCAAACAGACGUGCUGCGAUACUGCAGUGGAUGAAAGAGCUGGCCAUUGUAGACUACAGAGAGCAGGAUCAGAGUCGCGGUGCCUCAUUUCCAUGUUCUCGCCUCCCAUCUGCAUCACCACCUUCUCAUCCAGGGCUCAGGAUGAUGGAUGUACGAGACAUAGCAAGCAUCAAAAGUGCUACAAUGAACACAAGAAGCGCCUUCGCCAUCCAUUCUCUCCCACCAGCAACGUCUAUCAAGGCACAGGCAAUAGUCUAGUAAAAUCACAUAGCUACCUACAGUAAGUGACUCUUAAAGUGGACUUUUCGCUGGGGUAUGUUAACCUUUUCAUCCUCAAGUAUUUCAUAUGUCAGGAGUGUAUGAAUGACUACACAUCUAACCUCAAUCAUCCAACCUAUGUUCUCCUUAAACUACUAGAUAUCAGUGUUGACCUGAAAUGUAUGAUUACAACAACAUAACUCAUAAAUCCAUUGAACUGCCAACAAAGUAUAACUAUAGCAUUGACUAUAAGUUUGUAAAAACUGUACAUGUAUUGCUCUCUUUAAAGCAUGUUCUGUCUUCCAGUAAGGAAUUUUAAUUUUGGAUUACCUACAGUGUGACAAUAUGGAGCAGAAGGGUGAAGGGGCAACACAAGUAACCUCUUAUUCCUAAUAAAACAGACCAGGAUCGAUUCAAAUGAAACGAAAAUAUAAAUCAGUGUGUUAUAGGUCGCAGACUAAUCUCAUUGUUCUAGUGAGAUUGUGCAUCUAACCUUCAGUCAGGUUAAGAAAGUAUUUCCUAAAAAAGGUGCAGGAUCUGCAGAAACCACCAAAGAGGAAAGCAUUAAACACAGAACUUCAUCCUGUACUGUAGCUGUCAUAUGUCUGGAGAUAAGCGCUUAAGACAUUGCAGUGGAAAUGUAUUGACCUGAACACAUGUAAAUCCAACAUCUGUUCAAUAUGUUGCAGUCAGACAGUUCUUUUUCUUUCUCUUUCUUUAAGUGAACCUUACCAGUGCUCUUGCAGAUGACUCGAGUUGUUGCCGUCUCUGUUGCUGAUUGUUUCCAUUUGUUUGGAAAUUCACCACAGAAAACCUUGCAAGCAAAUAGAAUGGAAAAUCUAUCAUGGCAUCAAAGCAUUCACUCUCUAUGUGCACAUCCAAUUGACUUUCGGCUAAAUUCCUGUACAGAGGAGAAAUUAAAGAAUUCAAAUGUAUCAAAAUAAGUUAGAAGAUCCUGAAAAUCUGCAAGCUGUUACCUCAUUUCUCAUUGUAGAGAAUAAUCUCAGGUCUCAAGGAGAACUAUGAGUCAUCAAAGGAAAACAACUGCCAUAUCUUUUUAAUGUUUUAUUUAUUUAAGUUUUUUCCUCAUGUUUACAUAACCACUCAGCUUAAUUGUCUGUUCUGAAAGACAUCAUUUGUAUAAAAUGAUUUGGAUGUACAGAAUAUGUAUAAAUAUUUUAAAGAGCAUAGUGCAGUCAGCAAAUAUAUGAAAAUAAAUUGAAGAAAUGUUGCUUUAUAAUGAUAAUAGCAUAUAAUAAUCAGCUCCCCCAGACACAUAAAAUGUGGAAAACUGCUCAAACAAGGAUUUGGUUGUAGGUGAGCUGCUUUUACUAUUACAACAGUAGGUUUAUAAUGUAACUUUACUGUAGAAAGGAUGGAAACUGUAUUUCUCUCCAUCAGGUACUCUGAUUGCACUGAUUGUCUCUGUGUCCUGUGGACAUGACCUUGUACUCAUUUACUGAAUGUUUGUUUGACACUAGGAUAAGACAUUUUGUUUACAGUUUAAAUCCAAUGUCAGAGAGGCUUGGGGUUUCCCAUGGAUGUCGGUACUUCUGUUGAUUGUUUACAGGACUUCUGCUGUAAAGAUUGUAUUCAGUAUUUAAGAAAUUCAUGCCCUGGAUAAGUUUAUUUGAAAGCAUGUCUUUAAAAGAUUAUUGUGCAUUGUUCUUUGUUUUACUUUUCUUGUGCAUUUCAUUGAUUUUUUCCUUUAUCUGUCCUCCUCCAGAUCCGCAACUGUAGCUUAGCUAGUUAAAUUAUUGUGGUCAGUGAUGAGACACUUAUGUCUAUACAAUAUAUGUUGCACUUUGUAUUUAAGUAAUAAAUCACAAUGAGAAAAUAAGUGUACAAAAGUGACUUCUGGUACAUCUUUAAAUA